AUGGGAAACCGUAUUAGUAAAUCCAGAAAGAAUCAAUCUCACAAUUACGCUAAUGAAUUAGCGUCUUCAAAUAAUAGUUCGCGUACCAUUGAUAAAUUUGCUUUUGAAGAUGGUAGAAGAUUUCAUAAUGUAGAUAAUUCAAAAUACUUUCUACCGAAUGAUGAUGAUGAAUGUGAUAGAUUACAUGUAAUGCAUUUUACAUAUAAAUUUAUUUGGAGAGGUAACUUUUCUGCCCCAAUUGAAGAUCUUCUUAAGCAAGAAGGAACAAGGGUUCUCGAUGUAGGAUUAGCUGUCAGAUUAGUUGUAAUUAAACCAAUCGCAAAUAAGCUCUUCCAUGAUAGAAAAACGCUUAUUAUUGGAGGAAUACGAACAGGUGCUGGUUCUUGGUUACUCGAAAUGUCAACCAAUUAUCCACUAGCAAGAUUUACCGGUGUAGAUAUUUCUCCAAUUCAACCUGGCUAUAUUAAACCUAAAAAUGCUGAAUUUAUUGAAGCAAACGUACUGGAAAGUUUACCAUUUGAUAAUGAUACUUUCGAUUUCGUAUUUCAACGAUUAUUGUUUGCCGGAAUUCCUGGAAAUGAAUGGCCGUCUGUAAUUAAUGAACUAGUUCGUGUAUUAAAACCUGGCGGCUAUAUAGAGAUGUUUAAUGAACGUGGUUUAGAUACUCAUAUAUGUUACAAAUUACAGAGCUAUUUAAAACAAAAUAAACAACUUCAUAAUGUUCAUUAUAAAAUAAAACAACAUUAUGAUGAUGAAGAUGCUGAAAAGUUAUUUAGAUUGCCAAAACUUAUGAGUUUAAUUAAUGUUUCUAGUGAUGAAUAUGACAAUUUGAUCAAAGAUAUGAAAAAUGAAAUAAUAGAAUUAAGAUCUUUUAAUGCGCAAGACUUUAAAGAUAGGCAUAGGAAGUAUAGGUCUGGUCGGGCUAAGGCUAGGAGGGCUAAAGGAUUUAAUGAUGUAAUAUAA